CGUCGAUCGCAGUACCCGCAGCGCUGGCGCCCUCCAGAGUUUCCCCCCUUCACUGUACACUAAGACCAGAGAGAAGCGUAGGCCAACGACACCGGACCCGGAACCGCGUCUUUCGCGACUUUUUGCAUCGUGCACCGCUCUUUUUCGCAAGAUGCUACUUAUCAGCAAUGCUGAAUCGAGCGGCCUGACCAUUUCCGCGCACCAAUUCCUCUCUCUUCUCGAGGGACCAUAAUAUUAACCGAACUCCGCGCCCAUUGAACGUCGCCCUCGGUCAGUCGGUCUUCAUUUCCAAUUCGACCCUAUCUUCGUCUCUCCCUCCUCUUCCUCCCCGAACGAUGCAGCCCGGCGGUUCUACGAGCGGAAACAGCAACAUCCGCGUCUUUGUGCGCUGGCACGAGCAGGUCAUCUUCGCAGGCGAGGAGCUCAAGUGCACCAUCACCUUCAAGAAUGUCGCCCGCCCCGCCGGCAGCGCCUCGUCGUCGUCGUCGUCCUCCUCCUCCUCGGCCCUGUCCAUGCCCACGACGGCGACGCUGAGGCCUGGCCCGCCCCAGUCGUCCCAGUUCCCGCCGAGCCCGUCGAGACUCCCAAACGCCGCUGCCGAUCAUCACCGCGGCGGCGGCGCCCGACAGCCGUCGCCUCUGCAGCCCGGCCGCGGGAAGCCCGGUCCGGGCCUUGCACCCCCCCCGCCGAGCGCCCGCGGCCACCGGUCGGCGCUGUCGUUGUCCGUGCCGUCGGCUGCGUCGAGAGCGCGGACCGGGUCCGUGUCGUGGUCACCCCUGCCCUCGGGCGUCGUGCAGGGGGAGCAGCAAACCGGCGGCAGCAGCGCGGCGGGCAGGGAGAGUGGAGGCGCGGGUGCAGGUGGUGGUGGUGGUGUUGGUGGUGGUGCGAACGGGCGCGGCCACGGGCACAAGAGAUCGGUGUCGAUCGUGUCGAUUGGGUCCUUGAGCACUGUCGACGAUGGCCAGGGCAGCAGUACUAGUACCGCGUCGGCCAAGCCGCAGCGGGCUAGGGGGCACGCGAGGGCUUCGAGCUUGCAGAUAUUGCCCAGGGGCGGGCUGCUGAAUGGACCGCUUUCUGCUACACAUCCCAGGAUACCGGCUUCCCAGUCAUCACCCCUUUUUCAUGCUUCAUACCCGCCCGACAGGAGCAUCAACGGCCGUCGGCCAGGCACCGUCACUGCGCCCCAGACCCCCCGGGUCGACUUCCCCCGCCAUUCUCCCGCGACACCAAGCGCACUCGCCGACUUUAGGUUCCCCAUGUCGCCUUCGCCUGCGACGGCCGGUGCCGUAGAUUGGGCAUCCGACGAGGACCCGACUAGCCCAACAUCGGGCGGAUUGCCAUCCAGAAGCCGGGAUCCCGUCCCGACAAUAAACGAGCAGACCGUGGCCUCGGCCGCGCGGGUGCUGUCGACCAUGAGCAUAGCCGGGACGCCAAGGAGCAGCGGAGAGUUCUACUCGCUGAGCAACAACUCGUCCGAGACGCUCGCCUCGGAAUACGUGACCCAACAGCCCCUGCGGUCGCAACAGAGCCGGUCACCGCACAGCAGGAUGGGGUCGAGCCUGGCGCCCGGUCCGUCGCGGCUGCCCGAGUCGCUCAUGAUGGGAUACGCGCAGGUCCAGGGGUCCUUUACCCUGGACGGGUCGCUCAUCAACCUCGGCCCGUUCGAGGCGGUCAAGCGGAAGGCGGUUGUCGGCGGCCAGGGCGGCGGUGUCGUCGGCUUGGAGACGCCGAAGCGAGACAGCGGCCUGCUGCGCGGGUUCGGUUGGGGCAACAUCACGAGCUCCAUCGGCGAGCUCCUGGGUGGCGGCGAGCUCAGCACCAUCAAGGAGAUGCGCGGGAUCGCCAACUCGAAGGCGAUCCCGCUGCUGUCUACGCCACAGUCCAUCUUGUUCGUCGACCUGCAGCUCGGGCCGGGCGAGAGCAGGUCUUAUGAGUACUCGUUCAAGCUGCCCAGGGGCCUACCGCCCACCCAUCGCGGGAAAGCUAUGAAGAUAUCGUACAGUCUCAUCAUCGGCACGCAGCGGCCGGGCGGCGCCAAGGAGAAGCGCAUCAAGUCCGUCGACGUCCCCUUCCGAGUGCUGGGGAGCGUCAACAGCCACGGCGAGAUAUUGGGCCACGACCUGAUGUCGCCGUACAUUCUCCUGCGGGACCAAGCCCGCGUGCAGGCCGUCAAUUACGACGACAACAGCAACAGCAACAGCAACACUAAUAAUACUAAUAGCAACAACACCACCACCACCAACAACAACAAAAACAAUAGCUCUGACAAGACAAGGACGGCGAAAAACAAGCCUGCUUCCUCGUCAGCCACCUCCUCGAUGUCCUCUUUCUUCAGCUAUGUAGACGAGCUGCUCGCCCGCCCGUCACAGGACGCGAGCCACGGCGCCCUCCUGAGCCCCAACGGGCUAACCGCCCGGUCGCCGACGUCGUCCCGGCGGGCGUCGGUGCUGUCCGUCUCGGACCACGGCUUCCUCGCGCCGCCGACGGCCAAGGAGGCGAUCGACCUGGCCAUCCUGCGGUCCAACCUGGCCGGGGCGGGCGACGGGUACCAUGCGGCGCAGUCGCCGAACCGGUUCGAGAUCGCGCGCAACGGGCGGCGGGUCGGGGUGGUGAUGCUGGCGCGGCCGGCGUACCGGCUGGGCGAGACGGUGACGUGCGUGGUCGACUUUGGCGGGGCCGAGGUGCCGUGCUACGCGGUGCACGCGGCGCUCGAGACGGCCGAGCGGGUCGUCGACGGCAGCCUGGCGCUGCGGUCCGAGGCCAGCGUGGCCCGCGUGACCCGCAAGGUCUGGGCCGGCGCCAGCGAGGCCACCCUCUUCGCCCGCCGCUGGGUCUUCCACGCCGCCGUCCCCGCCCACGCCACGCCCGAGUUCAUCACGAGCGGCGUCGCGCUCGACUGGAAGGUCCGCCUCGAGUUUGUCGUGCCCGUCCAGGCGCCGCAGCAUCAGCAUCAGCAUCGGCCCCAGCCCCAGCCGCAGGGACAGGACGGGGAUGGUGGAGACGAGGAUGAAGACGACGGGGACGGGGACGGAACCGGAGAGGGAGGGGGGGAGGAGAAGAGGACGAAGUGGGGGUCGAAACAGGCGGUACAACAGCAGCAGCAGCCGCACCCGCUGCUGGAGGAGAUAUCGAGGGACGAUCGGGGCGGGCUGAUCCUGGUCGGCGUGGAGAACCUGGUGUGCGAGAGCUUUGAGGUGGCGGUGCCGCUGCGGGUAUACGGCGCUACGUGCAACGGUCUGGAGAAGCUAGAGCGGGACGACGCGAUGGCGGAGGGCUUGCCCGUGUAGAGUUCCUUUUUUUUUUUUUAAUUCGCUUUUUUUUUCCCCGGGCCAGCUACUCGCUAUGCAGCGCAAAUAACGAUGAGAGGGGGUCAGACUCGGGGCAUAUAUUAACUUGGCUUAGUUGCCAGGAGCAAGAGGAGGAGACUGCCCCUGGCAAGUGGGAGAGGAAAAAAAAAGGAAGGUUGGGGGGUGGAGGGGUGGGGAGUUGGGAUAGAGGGAUUAAGGUGUGGUUGGUUGACGUGAUUGUCCUCCUGGAGCUACUCGUUCCUAAAAGUUCCAGGAACCUACCGAUGCGUGCGUAGCGUACGUUAGGUUCUGAGGAACUAUGUCACGUUGUAUGUAUGUACAGUGGGGUCAGAAAAGUGUUUGCCCACUUCAAC